GUCAAAUUCAAGGCUAACAACAGAUUUUCUGAUUGGUGAUAUCUAUGGAAUCGAUAUGGAGUUAUCUUGGGAUCGGGAAAGAAUUUCUCUCAUUCUCUCGUGAUAGUUUGUUCAGAUAUCUUGGUUAUGAGAAGAAAGGAGGCGUUUUCCGUAGAAUUGGCUUAUUUUCCAGUGUCGUGGCUGUAUCAAUGCUUGUGUAUGGAGCUCGUCAUGAACAUGGAGGACAUAAGUACUUAAAACAACGUAAGAAUUACAAGAUUUACAUGGUUGGGGGCGGUGCACAUGUUGUGCUUUCUGUAGCACUCUUGUUCUCAGACAGGUCUAUAAAUCCAAAUUUGACUGGCAGUUUGUUUACGCUUGGAAUCCUCCUGUUCUCCGUGCCCCAUUAUGGCUAUGGUUUAACGGGUAACAAAACGUUUCACAACAUCAUCCAAUACCAUAUUGGAGAAAUUUUUAUCGUUUCUGCAUCAUUAUGCCUGCUUUACAAUUGGUGAAAAUGAACAUAAAGACUUUGUAACGUCACCUGAGUCACAGAUAAGGAAAACAAAAAGAAUGUGAAAGAUGAAACUGUCGUUUGUUCAAAUUUGACAUAAUAUUGUUUUUUAUGAUUUUUAUAAACACUAUUUGCUUCAUGAAUUAAGGUUAGAAAUUGUCUCUUUCCCUUUAAUUUUGGUAGAUAUGGUAGAUUUUUUAUUUUUAUUUUUGAUAAAAAAAAAUGAAACUACAUGAAUGAUGGUCAUGAACAAUUACAUAUAAUGGUCGUCGUGCCAGCGUAAUCGCGAUUAAACAAUGAUUAUGCACCCUGGAGUUUUUGUUUUUAAAGUUAUCAAGAAAAUCUAAUCACUUUAACACAUGAAGAUUUUGAAAAACUAGCGAACAUUUUUUGUAAAUUUUAAUAGAUUUUUUUCGCAGAUUUCUGACUUUUCUAAAAUAUUAAGGAGGCUGGGGGUCAACAAAUUAACCAUCAGAAAUAACUUAGUUUUUUAGAUAAGAUAUCGUAAGCUGUCGACAAUCAUUUGGCAAAGAAAAAUUUCAUACAUUUUAGUUUUAAAAUUUGAUCAUUUUUGUAUAUCUUUAUAUGGAUCUCUUCUUCUAAAGGAGAUCAAUAUAGUCUGAAAAUGGCAACAACCACCCAGCCCUCUUAAGGAUAAAUUCUACUUUGUGAAACUGCGACGCUAUAAUGACAAUCAUAUAAACCCAAAUUUCUUGAUUUUGAUAAUUUUAGAUAAAAGAAGUACACGUGUAAAUAUUAUUAUAUAUCUGUCUUAAAUGCUUUUGCAAUUUGUAAGUUAUGAUAUUCUUUCUAAAAUGUUAUGGAUAUGUUAUUCGAAUUUAUAUCUAUAUGCCCCUUCAAUUAUACCGGCAUUUUAACUACUGUGCCAAGAGGGAGACUAAUAGAUGAAUGUGACGCUGCUUACUAAACGUCAAUAGUCAACUAAAAACUUAAGCUUAUGACAACUGGAUGACAGCAACUUUUACGUUGUCAGCUUUCCCAGCUUAUGUACCUAUACCCCGCAAUCAUUUGGUGUUUAUGUCUCCCAAUUUAUUCGAUAUUCAAGAGCAUAUUUUGAGUACAAUCAUUUUGUUUUUAAUAGACAGGCUACUGAAAAAUAAGUUGUUACAGGGUUUUUUACUAUCUCUUUUCAAGACAGCAUUUUGCAAAUUCUAAAGUCGUUAUAAAUGCCUUUUUCAGAAAAUCUAUUUUUGAGUCGUAUUUUUACUGGCUUGUU